AUGGAAGGGAACGACCCCGUGACAGAAGUCGGGACAACCGCGACCGAGGCCAAGUCGCACAAGCGGGCUAGGAGGGAGACGAGCUUGGUUGAGAAGCUACAACUGAUCCAUCGAGCGGACUCGGGCAGCGUGAGCCAGCGCAAGUUGGCCAAGGACUUUAACAUUGGCCUCGGCACCGUGAACAACAUCUUGAAGAAGAAGGCGAAUACGUUGCUGGAAGCACACGAAGGUGCGCCGCGCGAAACCAAGGUCCGAAAGAAGCCUCGCCACGAAGUGGUGGAUCAGCUGGUCUUUGAAUGGUUGAAGUGUGUGAAAGGACCUCACCUGACGGGCAACAUGGUCAAGGACAAGGCGCUGGAACUGGCCAAGCGGAUGCCGAACACCGACCACUUCAAGGCGUCCAACGGGUGGCUCGAAUCGUUUUGCAAACGCCACGACAUCUCGUUUCGCAAACUGCGGAAAGAAUCGUCGUCCGCCGCCACCACGGUGCCCACCCUCGACGCGAUGGUGCCCGACAGCGGCUUUGACGAAUGGACCCAAUGGUUUGGGUCUAUGAGCAGCGUCUUGGGGCUGUACGCAGCCGACGAUAUUUACAGCUGCAGCGAAACACAAUUGCUGUACCAGACCCUUCCAGACACGGCCGCGCGACUACUGAAGGAUCUGAAGACGCACAACUUGUCUCUUCAUGAAGACACCGAGGUGGCGACGUUGUUGCUGUGCUGCAACAUGUCUGGUUCGCACAAGCUGCCGCCACUGGUUGUAGGCUGCGACCAUCCGUCCACGUUGUGCCAGCCGCAGGACGACGUCGGGUUCAAGCGGGCGCCGCAAGCGUGGAUGACCGCAGAUAUCUUUCACGAGUGGCUACUGGCACUCGACUUGUCCUUGAAGCGAAAGGUGCUGCUCAUCCUGCCCAGCACCCCUUGCCACUCGUCCGACUUGGACUUGGAACAUGUCUCGCUAAGGGUAUGUCCGUCGUUCUUGCCGUCGCAGCUGAGUCCGCUGCUGCAAGGCGUGGUGGGGCACUUCAAAGACGCGUACAGGGGCCUGCUCCUCCGACAUGUGCUCGCGAUGGCCCACUUGAAGAAGGACGCGCUGACCGUGACCGUCGAUAGCCACCGACUGCACGCUUGGAUCGUCGCGGCGUGGGCGACAGUCACCGCUACCCACUGCCAGCACAGCUUUGGCCGGCAGUCGGCGGCUCUUUCGGCGCCCAGCACGGAGCUUCAGUCGCUCUUGGCGCUGUUCCACGUGCUGUUUCCAGUGUCUGACCCGUCGCUGCUGCUGUCGUCGGUCGAGUAUGUUAACUUUGACGACCACUUGCCGACGCAGCUCAUGUUUACAGAAGACUUUCUCGCCCGAGACGUUCGAGAGCCCACGACUGACCUCUCAGACGCGAAAGCGUAUACCCACCUGGAAGAGUUGCGUGAGUUUGCCAUAACCAAACAACUACCGGCGUUGGUGACGAGCGUGAGUCAAGCUAUUUUGGCCUUAGAACAGCGCACCACGGACAAUCUCAUUCAGUCCAUCGGACUCGCACAGACAUCGUACACAUGGGACGAUCAUGACGGUUAGUGGGGUUGCUCACAGUAAGCAGACUUGGAAGUAGGGGUGCCGGUAGUCAUAGUUGAGUUGGGAUAGGGUGAAAACAGGGGUACCGUAAUGCACAAUAUGGUUA